UGGGAAUCGAAAGCUAAAUUAAUAAGAGGCUGCUAUGUGCUCAACUUCGACACAAGAGAGCGCUCCUAAACCGGGACGGUUGCAGCUGAACCGCAAGACAGGAGCCUAUAGCGACAAGACUACAUAUAAGCUCUUACUUUAACCAUCUCCUCCAAAACAAGGAGAGGAGAGAAGAUGCGUUGAAAUACUUUAAAAUUACCGCUCUCUCUUAUUUUCGUUAUUGUGAUUGAAAAAAAAGAUAUGUUGCGUUCUUAUUUAUUUCCAAAUUAUUAGGCUAACAAGGACCAAGAUUGAAUGCAGAACUUAUCAAGAAGAUCCCUGGCACCGGUGCGUCUCCAACCCUUCUGACAGAAGCCCCUGAGCAGAAUUGGAAAAGAAAGUUGGACCACAUCUAAUAUAACCUUGCCUGACAAAAAUUGCCAUGCUCGGAGAGAGAGAGAGCAACGCCUUUCCUUCCCCCAAGGACGCCCCCCGCCCGGAGGAGAGGAGAAAGUCCCCGGUGGUGGGCGCAGAUGACCCGGCAAUGGCCGGCAGCGCUAGCCGAUACACGGAGGGACUCGGGUCAGACCGCUAUUAUAUCUCACCUCCAUCCAAGCAAACUGUAGACAUGGCGAGUCCAUGUUCGUUAUUCCCUUAUUCCCAGUCCAGUACCGUUUACACGGCAUCCGGCGGAUCCAGGUAUUCGACCUCGCUUCACUUCAGCUCGGUGUUGCCUCCCACGGGAUUCUCCUCGGCGGUGUGCGCCGGGCGCAGUCAGUUCGGCUCGGCCUACCAGUUAGGACAGGGUGGAUGUCUCUACCCUCCAUACAGUACAGGGUCCGGGAUCGGCACAAUGCCCCUACCCUCAGGCACCGGGGUGAGGGCUCAGGUCUACCUCUGUAACCGGCCUCUUUGGCUCAGGUUCCACCGUCAUCAGACCGAGAUGAUCAUCACCAAACAGGGCAGGCGGAUGUUCCCGUUCCUGAGUUUCAACCUGACGGGUCUGAAUCUCUCUGCUCAUUACAACGUGUUUGUGGAGGUCGUGCUCGCUGACCCCAACCACUGGAGGUUCCAAGGCGGGAAAUGGAUCACCUGUGGAAAGGCAGACAAUAAUAUGCAUGGAAACAAAAUGUAUGUCCAUCCUGAAUCUCCCAACACGGGAGCACACUGGAUGAGACAGGAGAUCUCCUUCGGCAAACUGAAGCUCACCAACAACAAAGGAGCCAGCAACAACAACGCACAGAUGAUAGUCCUUCAGUCUCUUCAUAAGUAUCAGCCGCAGCUGCACAUUGUUGAGGUGAUAGAGGGGGUGGAGGACAUGAGCAGUGACCCAAAGACCCAGACCUUCACCUUCCCUGAGAACCAGUUUAUAGCCGUCACUGCUUAUCAGAACACUGAUAUCACACAACUGAAAAUUGACCACAACCCUUUCGCAAAAGGAUUCAGGGAUAACUAUGAUUCGAUGUACACAGCUCCAGAGGGUGACCGACUAACCCCCUCCCCCACCGACUCCCACCGCUCCCACCAGAUCGUCCCAGGUGCCCGCUACGCCAUGCAACCUUUCUUCCAGGACCAGGUCAUCAACAACCUGCCCCAGAACCGCUUCUACAACAGUGAGAGGACAGUACCCCAGACCAACAGCCUCCUUUCCCCCCAGCCAGAGGACAGCGCCUCCCAGAGGUGGUUUAUCUCCAUGCAGCAGGGAGGAGCUGGCCCCAACAAGCUGGAUCUCAGUUCCUAUGAAGGGGACUACUCCAGCAGCCUGCUCCCCUAUGGUAUCAAGUCCCUGCCUCUACAGACCUCCCACGCUCUCACCUACUACCCUGACUCUCCCUUCACCUCCAUGGCAGCAGGAUGGGGGUCUAGAGGAUCUUACCAGAGAAAGGUGACCACAGGCCUGCCCUGGUCCCCUAGACCCAGCCCCACUGGGUUCCCAGAGGACCAGCUGUCUGUGCCUGACAAAGACAAGGCUCAGGAGGAAGAGAUCAGCAGUAUUGGUGGUAACAUAGCUUCAGCAUGGACUGAUACUCACUCCUCCACUCUGAGCCUGGAGAAGGCUGACUCUGGGAACAUGGUGUGUAAGAGGAGACGUACGUCUCUGAGUGGACCCGGCACAGAGAACUCCCCCACUAUAAAGUGUGAGGAUCUGACUGCCACUGACACCUACAGCAAAGACUCCUCCGUUUCUAAAAGCAUGGCUUACUAUUCCUUCUACACAAGCCCUUAAUUAAAUUGUUUCUUGUCACCUUUUAAAAUCUUGUUGCCAGAUUUCCCCCUUUCGUAUUUGUUGGAGUUCCAAGUCUGUUGAUAUUCUGCCAAACCAUUACCUAUACCAACCUUACCCACCAGAGUUCUAAACCAGUACCUAUACCAACCUUACCCACCAGAGUUCUAAUAAACCAGUACUACCUAUACCAACCUUAGCCACCAGAGUUCUAAACCAGUACUUAUAUCAACCGUACCCACCAGAGUUCUAAACCAGUACCUAUACCAACCUUACCCACCAGAGUUCUAAACCAGUACUACCUAUACCAACCUUACCCACCAGAGUUCUAAACCAGUACCUAUACCAACCUUACCCACCAGAGUUCUAAACCAGUACCUAUACCAACCUUACCCACCAGAUGUUUAACAAUAUGUGACUGACAUUGUGAUUUUUAACAAUAUGUGACUAACUGUGUGAUUUUUCUUAAAGUGCCAGAGUAUUUGAUACACCCAGUGGGUUGUGCUAUAAUGUGUAUUGUCCUUCAAUGUACCCAAUGUAUGUACAAUAUAUGCCUUCACAUUGAAGUUUUGUUUACAAAUGUGACUUUUUAUUGAAGGAAUGUGAAUAUGAUAUUUGUGCACUGUAAAAUGUGAGGGAUCUUGUAUAAUAUAUACUGUACAUUGCAAUGUUAAGAGUUUUUGUUUUUGUAAUAAAAAGCUUCAAGCUUCGUUA